AAAAUAACUCCUUGUUUUCACUUUGGAUCGUUUAUUAAAAUCAUUUUUAAAAAGGCUGACUGGACUAAAAAGAAAGCGGUCCUUUGCAUCACUUCCCCUCCCCCCCUUUUUUCCUCUUUUUUUAUUUUUGAUAUUCUUUAUUCUUCCCUGGGGAGAGACGGACUUCUCCACAGCGUCAUUAUGUUGAACAACAUGGAUUUGAACGCUAAAGAUUCGUUUUACCCGCAGUUUGACAAUUGCAACAGUUCUUCCUUGGCGAUGGAGAACGGCGCGCGGAAAGACAACCAGGAGGUGUUCGUGGACGCGGCGGCGGCGGCGGCGGAGAGGGGGGUACCUGCCCAGUUCGGCCACGAAGGAGCCCCCGCAACCCUAAAAACCGAGGCUUCCAACUCGGAAUUCGCGUUCAACCCCUGCGAGUGCCCCAAGGACACCUACACCCCCUCCUCGCUCGCCUACUCGGGCAGUUUCUACGUGGAGGCAUCUCAGGGAGCGCCCUGCAGCACCGAGACGCUCCUCAACAUGAUCACCGAGAUCGUGGGCAUCUCCACGCUGCCGCUCUCGGAGGCGCAGCAGAACGGCCCCACCAGCACCACCAGCACCACCAGCAGCAGCACCAUCAGCAGCAGCAGCAGCAUCGCCAGCCGGGGGGCGUACCCGUCCCCUCACCAUGAGCCGCUGGAGAGCAGCGAGGGCGCAAAGAGGCCACCCCCUUACACCUGCUCCGGACCCCAUCCGACCGUGUACACCCCGGACCAGGCGUGCCCCGCGUACGCGGAGGAGCAGGCCCGGGAAGACCCGAACGCCUCCCAGCUCGGCUUCGGCUCCUCUCGGGCGCAGAGGAAGAGCGAGCCCAAGUCGGAGGCCGCGUCCUUCCCGGUGGUGGUCAAGAACGAGUUUGAGAGCAGCUGCUACGAGUGGGGGGCCUUCAGCAACAAGUCCGACUGCUUGGAGUCCACUUUCCAGACGGAGACCUUCCCCAUGUCCAACGACUUCCCCCCCGAGCAGCAGAUGGACGUUAAGGAGCUUUUGGACACGUUCCCGGCGAUCUGCCCCAACCCGGAGAUGGAGUUCAAGGUGGAGGGGGGCAUCAAGCAGGAGCCGUGCUUCUCUGACACCUGCUCCCAAAGCUACUCCACUCCCCUGUAUAACAGUUACCUCCCACCGCCCCCACCCAUGGGCCUCUCCUCGAACCUGAAACCCUUCCCCGAGCCCCCGCAGCAGCCGUCCAACCAGUGCGAGCCUUUGUACACGUCUUUACCCAGCACCAUAGACUCCAUCCUCUACUCCUCCCUGCUGCCAGACUCCUCGUUCCCACAAACUUACACCACCCGCGCCGCGAAGCCCCCUCGAGCGAGGAAGACGCCCGCCUCCUCCUCCUCCCACGGCCCGGCCAAGGAGAAGCCCUUCACCUGCCCCAUGGAGAGCUGCGACCGCCGCUUCUCGCGCUCGGACGAGCUCAACCGGCACAUCCGGAUCCACACGGGCCACAAGCCCUUCCAGUGCCGCAUCUGCCUGCGCAGCUUCAGCCGCAGCGACCACCUCACCACCCACACCAGGACUCACACGGGCGAGAAGCCCUUCUCCUGCGACGUGUGCGGCAAGAGGUUCGCGCGCAGCGACGAGAGGAAGCGGCACGGGCGCGUGCACCUGAAGCAGAAGGAGAAGAUGGAGCUGAAGCCACAGUUGUUGAGGAGGAAGAUGACGACAAGUUCGUGUCUGAGUUUUCAAACCAGAGGAGCAGAGCGAUGAAGAGGAGGAGGAGGAAGAGCAGGUGAAGGAGCUCUGCUGCGGCCUUCCAGCCUGUUGCUGCGGACUUCCUGUCUGCAAACAGCUCAAAAGAGACUUGCUGCUGUUGUUUCUAUGAGUGGAGUUUUUUGUUUUUAUUUUGUUGCAUGACUUGCUGCUCAUUCAGCACCUCUUCAUGUGGCCAGCUCCGACCUCCACGCGCGCGCCUCUGAGGAAACGAGCAGGAUUGCACUUAAACUAUUUCCACUCUAGAUCUUUAUUUUUCCUGCUUUUUAGGCAACCGUAGAGCAAUUAUUUGAACAGUUUAUUCAAAAAUGCAUGUUUAUGUCAGUGUUUUUCUUUUUUCUUUUUUUUUUCUUUUUUUUUCAACUAGGAACAGAAGCCACGCUCAGUUCCUUUCCUUCACUUCACAGUGAAGGUUUGAAUGUAGGCGAACACAGUUUGAUGGUUUGAACCAUGAAAGCUGUUCAUCCCUGAUCAGUUUAGUGUUGAUCAUUUUACUGUCAGUGUUUUUUUUGUCAUUGGUCUUUGUGUUGUGUUAAAAAUUGUUUGAAUUACUACAGUUGUGAAAGAUAUAUCAUAAAUGGGAAAUAAAUAUAUUUGUAUCACUGUACUUCUUUGUA